AUGAGAUUCACGUUUUGUGCUGUCCUGGCAGUGGCUGUCGGUCUUGUUAAUGCAUCUCCUCCCACUGCUAUGACUGAGAAAGGCAUUUAUGCUGGCGAACAUUUACCAACUUUCAAUCAGGAUAUGUUUAUAGGUAUCCGAUAUGCACAAGUGCCUACUGGUUCUCUUCGUUUUCGCCCACCACAGCCUCUUACUAAAUCUUGGAGCGGCCAAAAGACUGCAGUCAACUAUGGGAAUUCCUGUUAUUCUUCAGAACCUAAUACCGACAACAGAUUCAUAAAACAGAGCGAAGACUGUUUGACCUUAAACAUUGUACGUCCGAGUGGUUACGAAGGACAUAAACUACCAGUUGGAGUUUGGAUCCUUCAGCAAUCUGUCGAAGGCGGCACUCCAAUCGUUGCCGUUUCCAUAAAUUACCGCGUAGGACCACUAGGCUUUUUGGCCUCCGAGGAAGUUCAAAAGGAAGGAAGUUUAAACAACGGCUUGAAAGACCAAGUAGCGGCACUCAUUUGGAUAAAACAAAACAUCGAAGCCUUCAAUGGUGAUUCAAAUCAGAUAACAAUAUGGGGCGAAUCUGCUGGUGGAGAGUCUGUCUCAAUGCUGAUGUUGGCCUAUGGCGGCAAGCUCGAAACGCUGUUCCAUCGUGCCAUUAUGGAAUCUGGUUUUGCAACAACACAGCAGUACCAUCCCAUCAGCCAUUGGCAAGAAAAGUAUGUGAUUAUCACGAAACUUGCGGGGUGUGAUAAGCAAAGCGAUACCUUGAACUGCCUUCGCCAGGUAGACAUCAACAAGUUAGUGUUCAUUACUAAUAUCGCCAAUGAGAGGAUAAAAAGACAAUAUGCUCCUACUAUUGACGGCGAUUUCAUACUAGAUUGGCCGAAGAACCUACUUCAAAGUGGAAAGUUUAUGAAAAUACCCAUUAUAUCUGGCGCGAACAUGGAUGAAGGAACAUCAUUUGGGCCGGGAAGAGUAACAAACACCGACGAAGUUACAGAUUGGCUCAGUACAACGUAUGCAGGGCUCAAUAGUUCUACCGUCCAAAAGAUAUUGACCUUAUACCCCGACGAUCCUAGCAAAGGCUCUCCUUUUGGCACUGGCGACCUUUACAGUGGGCCAAUUUACGGCAGGCAAUUUAAGCGCGGCUCGGCUAUUAGUGGAGAUAUUGCCUUGAUCGGACCACGGCGUUUGACUUGUGAAGUCUGGGAUGAAGCCGGCAUAGAUGUCUAUUCCUACAACUGGAAUCAAUCUGAUUAUGGGAUACCUGAUUUCAUUGGUACCACACAUUUCCAGGAAGUGGUCUAUGUUUUCGAUAAUCCGUCUACCAGUUUCUUUCAAAGUGGAACUGCCCCCAUGGGCCCUGACCCCACCGGUUCCAAGAAGAGUCUGGCACAUUUGAUAUCUCGAUUUUUCAUGUCAUUUAUUGCUACUGGCGACCCAAACAAUGCAAAGCAAAAUGGAACCUAUCCAAAAUGGCCCAAGUAUAGCUGCAAGAAUCCCAAGAAUUAUUAUUUUCGUGAAGAUGAUAUUCGUAUUGAAGAUGAUGACUGGAGAAAAGAAGCUAUUAGUUUUCUCAACUAUGGUGUUGAUCAUCAGCUCCUCACUUAG